UUGACUCCGCUGCCCUUUGGAGAUCGCAGCGUGUAACGUGAAUCCAGAGGCGUAGGGGGACAGGCAGCCCUGCAGCCAGCCUCCUGUCGUGGAGUCUGGCCGGAGGCGGCUGCUCCCGCUUCAUCUGCGGUCCGAGGCUGGGGGGUCCGAGGCCCGUCUGUCGGAGCUACUGCCCCGCGGCCAGGAGGAGCUGCCAUGGCCACCCGGCUGGGCGCACUCGCUGCGUCGGGGCUGUACCGGCGGCGCCAGCACCGCCAGAGCCCGCCGCCCUCCAUGCCCCGCAACAUGUCCAGCGCCUUGGCCAAUGCAGUGUGCCAGCGCUGCCAGGCGUGCUUCGGUCCCACCGAGCGGAUUGUCCACAGCAGCGGAGAGCUGUACCACGAGCACUGCUUCGUGUGUGCUCAGUGCUUCCGGCCCUUCCCCGAGGGGCUCUUCUACGAGUUUGAAGGCCGGAAGUACUGCGAACACGACUUCCAAAUGCUGUUUGCUCCGUGCUGUGGAUCAUGUGGUGAGUUCAUCAUCGGCCGUGUCAUCAAGGCCAUGAACAACAACUGGCACCCGGGGUGCUUCCGCUGUGAGCUGUGUGAUGUGGAGCUGGCUGACCUGGGCUUUGUGAAGAACGCGGGCAGGCACCUGUGCCGGCCUUGCCACAACCGUGAGAAGGCCAAGGGACUGGGCAAGUACAUCUGUCAGCGGUGCCACCUGGUCAUCGAGGAGCAGCCCCUCAUGUUCAAGAGUGAUGCGUACCACCCAGACCACUUCAGCUGCACCCACUGCAGGAAGGAGCUGACUGCUGAGGCCCGCGAGCUGAAGGGGGCGCUCUACUGCCUGCCAUGCCAUGACAAGAUGGGUGUCCCCAUCUGUGGGGCCUGCCGCCGGCCCAUCGAGGGCCGUGUGGUCAAUGCACUGGGCAAGCAGUGGCAUGUGGAGCACUUUGUCUGCGCCAAGUGUGAGAAGCCAUUCCUGGGGCACCGGCACUAUGAGAAGAAGGGCCUGGCCUACUGUGAGACCCACUACAACCAGCUCUUCGGGGACGUCUGCUACAGCUGCAGCCAUGUGAUCGAGGGUGAUGUGGUGUCAGCCCUCAACAAGGCCUGGUGUGUGAACUGCUUCUCCUGCUCCACCUGCAACAGCAAGCUCACCCUGAAGAACAAGUUUGUGGAGUUUGACAUGAAGCCUGUGUGUAAGAGAUGCUACGAGAAGUUCCCUCUGGAGCUGAAGAAGCGGCUGAAGAAGCUGUCGGAGCUGGCCGCCUGCAAGGCCAGCCCCAAGCCUGUGAGCCUCAACUCCACCUGACAGACCUCCUCUCCUCCUCCCCCUGCAGCGCUCCUGCCCACCUGUGCGCCACCUCCACUCCUCACAUCAUGUCCUUUCCUCUGUCCCCUCCACCUUCCCUCUCUGCUCUUUUCCUCCCCUUUUCUUUAGUCCUUGUCCCUCUCUCCCCUUCUCUCCCCAGGCAGCUCUUGGCUCCCUUCCCUGGGUUCCUCUCCCUCCUGCUCUGUAGGCACAGGGCAGAGGCAGGGCCCUGGAGGUGGUGAGCCUGUGACAGGCCUGUGCCUGCACACUUUAGCCUGAGUUCCUCCAGGGACAGGAGUGAAUUGGGCCUGGGGUCACCUGGCGCUGGACCUGGGCCAUUGCCCCCACGCUGCUCCUCUGACAUGUCCCAUCCUCACAGGGGCCUGGUGGCUCACAGUCUUCUCUGGGGGUUUGGCCAGCCCCUGCCUGAGUGCAUAAAUGUAGCCCCACACAGCCAGGCAGCUGCCCCAGCCCCAGGACCAGGGCCAUGUGAAAGGGGGCUUCUGGGGAGCCACCCUCGCAUCCCUCAGUCAUGCACUCACUCAGCUAAGUAGGAUCCAUGUGCCCGAACAAGCCAGCCAGUCCUGCCACCUCACCUCAUGGAUCAGCAGGAGGGACAAGGACCCCACUCCCCCCAUCACUCAGGAGCUUCUGUUCUGAAGUCCGGGCUUGGCCACUCCACCCCGAGCCUGGGCUCCUCUGUGGUCAUCUCCAGCUGCACCCCCACCCCCAGGGUGCGGCUGGGGACCAGGAGAUCGUGGGGUCAGGUGGGUGGCUCAUUCCUACCCUCCAGGGAGGACACUUCCUCUGUGGCCGGCACAGGACCUGGUGUUGGGACUCACUCUUGCACAAUGAAUGAAGGCUUAUUCACACAA